AUGGCACCCGGUAUCCUCGACCAGAACGCUACCACCUCUUACGGUGAUUGGCGCGACGAUUUUUACAGCAAAGGAUAUGUCGUCCUGAAAAAUGUCAUCUCUCGCGAGAAGGCACUGAAGUACCGCACGAAGGCUCUUGACUGGUUGCAAUCCUUCGACACGGAUUUCGAUAUCAAUGAUCGCAGCACCUGGACUGCGAAGAACUUGCCCCAGAGCUUCAAGGCUGGCAUGUACCUGAACUACUGUGCCGCACAUGAGAAAUAUGUCUGGGACGCGAGAAUGGAACCUGGGAUUAUUGACGCCUUCGCCAAGAUUUGGGGAACCGAUGAGUUGCUGGUGUCUUUCGACACCAUCAACAUCACUCUACCGGGCCGCACUGAUGUCGAGUGGUCUCCGUGGCCUCAUGUUGAUCAGGCCCCCGAGCGAAAGGGCUUGUCUUGUGUGCAGGGUAUUAUCAACCUUAGCGAGGCUGGCCCCAAGGAUGGUGGUCUGCUCCUAAUGGAGGGAUCUUCUAAGCUUUUCGAUCGUUUCUUCAGUCUCAACCCUCCUGACCGCACUCAAGGUAUUGGAGCAAAGCACUACGACUUCUACCCGUUCAAGGAGCACCACGUCAAGUGGUAUGAAGAGCAAGGAUGCAAGCUCAUCAAAGUCUGUGCUGAGCCCGGUGACUUGAUUCUUUGGGAUUCGCGCUCUAUGCACUACGCCAAAUUCCCCGAGAGCGAUGAGAUCCGGACCAUCAUCUACGCCUGCUACACUCCUGCUUCUCAUGCCACUCCCGAAGACCUGAAGAAGAAGGCUGAGCUCUUCGGGCGUUGGGAGACCACCACUCAUUGGCCUCAUUGCAAUAUUCACGGUCAUGGAAAGGCUAUGGUUGACGGGAAGGUUGAUCCUCUGGAAAGAGAUGAGCCCCUCGAGAGGCCUAUUCUGACUGAUCGCCUGCUGCAGCUUGCGGGUGUCAAGCCUUACUAA